GACGCCCGUCGGGCGCGGCCCCGCCCCAGGUCCGGGAGGGUAGGUUGGCUGCCCCGGCGAGCGGCAGAGCCCUUCUGGACAGCUCCCGCUCACCCAAACAGAAGACGUCGGCGCCGGAGCGGGCUCGGACAUGGCGAGGCAGCGCGCCGGCCCGAGCGGCGGGGCCCGGUGAUCCCUCCCUCCCUCCCCGUCCCCUCCCCUCUCUCGCACGCACUACCCGUCCGCCCCCACCCCGCCCCCACCCCGGGCGAGCCCGCCCGCAGCCCGGGGCGCACACCCGCACGCGCGCUCUUCUCCACGCACUCCCGCACUCCCGCGCCCGCCCCCGCUCCCGCGGCCGAGCCCCGCCAAGCGCGCCUUGCCCGCCCGCCGGCCGCCCCCGCCGCCCCUGCCACCCCCGGGCCCCGAUGGACUGAAUGAAGGCUGCCUACACCGCCUAUCGAUGCCUCACCAAAGACCUAGAGGGCUGCGCCAUGAACCCGGAGCUGACAAUGGAAAGUCUGGGCACUUUGCACGGGCCGGCCGGCGGCGGCAGUGGCGGGGGCGGCGGCGGGGGCGGCGGGGGCGGCGGCGGGGGCCCGGGCCAUGAGCAGGAGCUGCUGGCCAGCCCCAGCCCCCACCACGCGGGCCGCGGCGCCGCUGGCUCGCUGCGGGGCCCUCCUCCGCCGCCGCCAACGGCGCACCAGGAGCUGGGCACCGCGGCAGCGGCGGCGGCGGCGGCGUCGCGCUCGGCCAUGGUCACCAGCAUGGCCUCGAUCCUGGACGGCGGCGACUACCGGCCCGAGCUCUCCAUCCCGCUGCACCACGCCAUGAGCAUGUCCUGCGACUCGUCCCCGCCUGGCAUGGGCAUGAGCAACACCUACACCACGCUGACGCCGCUCCAGCCGCUGCCACCCAUCUCCACCGUGUCUGACAAGUUCCACCACCCGCAUCCUCACCACCACCCGCACCACCACCACCACCACCACCAGCGCCUGUCCGGCAACGUCAGCGGCAGCUUCACCCUCAUGCGCGAUGAGCGCGGGCUUCCGGCCAUGAACAACCUCUACAGCCCCUACAAGGAGAUGCCCGGCAUGAGCCAGAGCCUGUCGCCGCUGGCCGCGACGCCGCUGGGCAACGGUUUAGGCGGCCUCCACAACGCGCAGCAGAGUCUGCCCAACUACGGUCCGCCGGGCCACGACAAAAUGCUCAGUCCCAACUUCGACGCGCACCACACUGCCAUGCUGACCCGCGGUGAGCAACACCUGUCCCGCGGCCUGGGCACCCCGCCUGCGGCCAUGAUGUCGCACCUCAACGGCCUGCACCAUCCGAGCCACACUCAGUCCCAUGGGCCGGUGCUGGCGCCCAGUCGCGAGCGGCCACCCUCGUCUUCGUCCGGCUCGCAGGUGGCCACGUCGGGCCAGCUGGAGGAGAUCAACACCAAAGAGGUGGCCCAGCGCAUUACCGCGGAGCUGAAGCGCUACAGCAUCCCGCAGGCGAUCUUCGCGCAGAGGGUGCUGUGCCGGUCUCAGGGGACUCUCUCCGACCUGCUCCGGAAUCCAAAACCGUGGAGUAAACUCAAAUCUGGCAGGGAGACCUUCCGCAGGAUGUGGAAGUGGCUGCAGGAGCCCGAGUUCCAGCGCAUGUCCGCCUUACGCCUGGCAGCGUGCAAACGCAAAGAGCAAGAACCAAACAAAGACAGGAACAAUUCCCAGAAGAAAUCCCGCCUGGUGUUCACUGACCUCCAACGCCGAACACUCUUCGCCAUCUUCAAGGAGAACAAACGCCCGUCAAAGGAGAUGCAGAUAACCAUUUCCCAGCAGCUGGGCCUGGAGCUCACGACCGUCAGCAACUUCUUCAUGAAUGCCAGGCGCCGCAGCCUGGAGAAGUGGCAAGAUGAUCUGAGCACCGGGGGCUCCUCGUCCACCUCCAGCACGUGUACCAAAGCAUGAUGGAAGGACUCUCACUUGGGCACAAGUCACCUCCAAAUGAGGACAACAGAUACCAAAAGAAAACAAAGGAAAAAGACACCGGAUUCCUAGCUGGGGCCCUUCACUGGUGAUUUGAAAGCACAAUUCUCUUGCAAAGAAACUUCUAUUCUAGCUGUAAUCAUAGGCCAGGUGUUUUUUGUUUUUAAUGGCUAUGGAGUCCAAGUGCAAGCCGAAAAAUUAAUCUCUUAGAACCAGACACUGUCCUCUGAGCAUGCUAAGCAUCCCAGAAACCCAAAUGGGGCCUUCCUGAAGUGAGUUAAUUCCAGUAUGGUGUCACCCAAGCUCAGGAUUGCUUAAAAUGUCAUCCGUCCCUCUUCGGGUCCUGUCAGUUUCUUGCAGUCAGUUCCUAUGAGUAACAAUGGGAAUUUGGCCUAUGUAAAUACUCUGAGUUUAGGCUUCCAAGAUGCAACAAUAAGAGAAGAAUCUAGCAACAAGAAUGACCUCAUUUGCUUUCCACGUGCUUAGCCUCAUCAUACCACAGUAUUUCCAAGUUCACAGCCAUAACGUAAAAAACAUCAGAAUGGUAGUUACUGAGCACAAGUUUUAAAUAUGGACAUUAGGAAAACAAUCCAAGGACCUGUUUUUCCAACUCAGACAUCUUUUCAUUGAAUGAUUUAGAAAGCUUCAAGUUGAUCCAGCUUACAAUUUUUUUUUUCUUUACCUCCUGAAAAUCUCAUAUGGUCUUGGAUCCGUCAAAAAACCAAUCAGUUCACUUGAGCUCAAAGUAUCAAGCACAACAAAGAUAAACAGAAGUAAGAAAGGUUCUGGGUUCACCGCAUCUCGGUUUUCAAGAUACCUGUUGUGAAGUCAUUAGGGAAUUGAUGAGAAUAUGGCUUCAAGCACAUUGCAGUUUGCUACAAAUUCUGUUGUACGUAAUGCAGACGCACACUCAGGAGGCCAAUUUAACUGUCAUGGUACAUGGAGCAAAUGCAGCAUUUUAAAAGAUCUAGAUUUUUUUAGAUCAUUAAUAUGUCCUUCAUGGUCGAUCAGUCAUCUGGUCCCUCCUACUGUGCAUUAUGACCACCACGUAAUCCAUUCUCACUCUUUCUGAUUUGGGGUUUUUCCUCAUCUAUACCAUUAGUAGGGAUGUUUUCUGUGUUUUCUAGCAAGAAAAAAAAUCAAUCAAACCUCCAUACAUGUUACUCAUGACUGUCAUCUAGUCCUAAGUCUCUUCUGUUGUUGAAUCAUCCUUGCAAAACAGCUGAAUAAAUCUGGAGAAAACACAGCACACCAAAGAAGCAGAAUACUGCAAACCAAAGACAUUUAUGACUUGUCAUUUUCUAGCCUAAAAAUACUGUGAUUACUUUUAGAAAUCAGAAAACCUCUGCAACUCCGAAUGGCAUUCAGCUCUUGCAUUUGGCGCACCAUCGGGCUGAGCGGACCAGCUACGCCAAAGACGUUAGCCAAGCCACCCAGUGGAGUGGCUUUGCCAUGCCAGCUGUCACCUUCCCAUAGCAAGUGGAAGAGCGCCUACAGAACUCUGGGAGAUUGCGAAGGUCACAAUGUGCAUAUUUACCAGUGAAUGGCCCCAGAUGGGCACCAUGGGGGUGUUCAAAGCAAGCCAAACGCUGCAAUGAUUCUUUACAGACACUUGAGACUGAACUUUUUUAUGAAUUAUUUAAUCGAAACCAAAGAAACUUUUUCUGCACCUACUUCUGCAACAAACAAAACUGUCCCAUUAAAAAUGAAUAAAUAAAUCUGUAAAUCAAUGGAAAUCACCACCAAUAAGAAGGAAGCACGCCAGAAAAAAACAAAAACAAAAAGAAACAGCGAGACACAUUGUUCAAACAGACCUCUUGGGACAUUUUUUGGAAGCAGAUUUUAAAGAAAGGGUUGAGACAAAGAUAGAAAUAAGGAAGAGCCUCAGUGGCUGCUGCUUCAUUUGACAACUCACACGGUAAUCUUAAAGUUGAAGAUUGUCUUUAAUUUGUGCCUAUGCAGUUUUUCAAAAGAACACGGAACAGAGCAACAGAAACCUCAACAGCUACAAUACCAAAGAUGAGGAUUUCUCACACCUUUUGUUUCAGUUCAUUAUCUCCUCUUGCCUGGCUAAAAUACUAAUAGCGCCAUUGAUCUGUAUAAAGGUAAUCAAUUAUGUUUCUCUGAGCAACAAAAGGAAAGGGCCAUUUGUUUGAUUUUAUUGUUUCCCUUUAAUUUUGUUUUAUAGCUUUUUACCCCCACAUGGAAUCUCUCAGAAGUUUCCAUGCACUCCAAGUUUAAGAUGUUGGGAUAUUGAACAGUUCUUGUCUCUCUGCUCAGCAGAGAGUAGGGAAUAACAUUAUCACUUGAAUGUUCUUUGCUUAACCCUUAGACUUGGUUCCUUCUAUGUUCAGAGUCUCAUCAUCAGGGGAGGGAAAGGGAGUAAGGGUCAGGGAUAGGGGUCUUGGUGAUGCAUCCUCUCCUGAGCCACAGAACCAAAGAGUUUAUAGAGGAAUUUACAGCCUCGUUUUCACAUGAUUACUACAUCCUAACAGGGCUUCAUUUGGGGGUGGGGGGAAACAUGUAAAAAUAAUUGCCAGUUUCUACUUUUCUAUUAGCUUUUUAAAAAUCAGCUGUAAAGUUGCAUUUCUAAAGAAAGAUAUAUAUAAUAUAUAAAUACGUAUAUAGAUCAACUUGACAUUGGUGAUAACCCAAAAUUAUUGCUGUCCAAAUUCAUGUCUUGUUUUUGUCCAGUUGCCUCAUUUGUUAAGUAUUCGGUUCAGAAUUUUUCUCAUUUCUCAUGCCAUUCCAGAGUUAAUUUGCCACUGUGGAUGAUUUGAAGUAUUCAGAUCUCUAUGGAAGUUUCUGGGAAAGGUUUAAAGUCAAGAUCAAGCAUUUCAGCAUUUAACCUGUUGAUAAAUGGAUCCAUGGUGUAAAUGAGUUUUAUUUGUAUUCGGAGUCAUCUCUAUUCUAUGCCUCAGCCUUGACAAGGUGGUGAGUGAGGUACAUCCGCCAGACUCGGCCCAGAACUGGGCCCUGACAUUGGGGUGCUCAUCUUCUGUAACUGCUGGGAAGGCUCACUGAUCCAUUUUCACCAGUUAUAGAAUAUGAGGCCAUCCCAGAAAUCUGUUCUCCAGUUGCUGCCCUGUCCCAUCUAGGUGUGCCAGACCCCCUCGGUGAGCAGAUCCACCAAAGGGACUUCUCAUAGGGGAAGUCCAGCUUCUGUUGCAAUGGGUUGAUAGAUUUCCUCAGGGUGGUAAUUACCAAUUUGUAUUUUGACAAGCCUAUGUGCAACCACAGCUGGCACUGGGGUGGGCAGUGGUGUUGGGUGGGGUGGGGGAGAGUGUCUCAAUCCUGGAGAGAAAAUAUGAAGCAGAUUUUGGGGAGACUCCCAGAGUCCUGCCCCAGCGGAGCCCCAUUGUUGUUCUUUGUGCCACCUCCUCAUUCUUGCUAUGUGGGUCUCCCUGUGCAGGGGCCGUGAGAGAACAGAACUCUUCACAAUUUUUAUAAUUCAUCCUGCCUGGGAGAUUGUUCCUUGGCUUUUCCCUUGUGUCCCUUUGUCCCUUGCUCAUCCUCCAUGUUUCCUUUGUCAAAGGACUAAGAAAAGAGCAUAUUUCAACAGAGGAAUGUUCCCAGGUGGGUUGAUUUCAACUUGAGUAUUUCUAAACAAGUCCUGUAACAUGUAGCCAAUGGAAAUGGUUGCUCUUUUCCAGACUGGAUUGAGGAAUGGAGCCUGCUUGAUUUGGUUAGUGAUUCUUUGACACUCUAAUCUCAGCAUUUGGGUCUCCGGCAUCCUCUGAAGAUAUCUAGACCAAUAGAGGCUGCCUUUGUGAUCUGAUAUUUCAACACUGGUCAAACCAGUCCUCUGGUCAUCAGAAGAACAUGUCAUAAUAUUUUUUUUUUAAAAAAGGCAAUAAUUUUUCCCCAGGAGCUUUAAUAAAUGUCUCAUACCAGAUAAUGUCAUACCAGAGAGAAGUGCUUGCUUUUAAAAAAUUAUUUACAUACAUAUAUAAAUAUAUGUGUGUAUCUAUACAGUUAUGUGUCAAAAUUUUAAGCCCAGUAGAAUUUCAAUUUGUUAGAAAUCUAACAGAAAAAGAUGCUAUAUUGAAAGGUAAUAUAAUUUAACCCAGUGAGUUUACUCAAGGAUUUGUACAUUUUAUUUUAAGUUAAUAAUUUCAGAGAAAAUACUCAUUUGGAUUUGGUUAUAGUUUAGGAUCCAUUACCUCAAUCCACGGAAAAUUCCAGGCAUUCCUCAGCCAUCAGCAAAAGGGAUGGUGUGAAGGAACAGUUAACCAGAUUUCACAUUCUUGAGGCAACAGAAAUCCAAACUCUCACAGAAAUUGAGUGGAAAAGUAAUUUCCUUCAUUCCUUUAUACAAAUAGGCUUGCAUUGUUUCUGUUUUAGUGUGAUUUUUGGUACUGGGGAUGUAGUUAUUUCAUUCCAGGAAAUAAUAAUAAUAAUAAAAAGAGACAGUACAUUUCUUUUUUAAAAGGAAACAGUAACAACAAAUAAAAACUCAACACCAAUAUUUAAAAGCUUUUCCAAAAAUGUAAAAGAAGUGUUUAGCUUGCACCGUGUAUAAAGGUACAGGCUAGUUGAGUCUGGAAACAUGGCACUUCCUCUGGAGAAAUCCAGAAAGAAUUGCCUCUAAGCUGCCUUUUCUGCCUGCAGGCUCUUGGCAGUUAUAGGCUUUAGGAAGUCCAAAAUAAUUUUCAAUUCAAGCUAAAAUAAAAUAAAAAUUUGGAAUGUCAAUCUGAUACACACACACGCACGCACACACACACACACACACACACACACACACUUUGCUAAGUCAACCAACAUAUUUCAAAGCCAAAAAUAAAUACUUUUUAGAUAAUCAGUUAUUUUCCCUUGUCUAUACUGGGCAUCCACCUACUAGUGCCAGUAAAUUAAAGUUGAGCAGAUUUUAAAAUCACUGUUAUCUGGGUAGAGGGGGAAACUUCCCCACUUUUGAAAAUGUUUGUAGGAUUAUAGGAAUGUCUGUUUGAUUAUCAUUACCAAAGUGUCAUGACAGUAUGCCUUUGUAGUGAACUCGGAUUUUCAGGAGUUUGAAUAGUUGGAUAUUUUAAAAUCUAAGAAGAAAAACCCUGUUUGCAAUGUUGUUGAAGAAUAAUGGACUCUAUCAAAAAGUGGAGAAAAAAAUGAUACAUGUGGUGAGGUUGACCACAAGGUCCAGACACAACUACCUUGGCGAUAACCGUCUAGAUUCAUAACAGGUUAGAGCUGACUUUUUGUUUUUGUUGUUGCUGAUACCAUGUGACUUGGACUUCUUAGCCUAACCAGGAAGAGUAAGUGGAAAUGGUAGAAGAAGGGAUAGAGCUGAUAUACCUAUAAAUUUCUGAUAUCUAUCUGCCAAACUUGAUAGAUUAGUAAUUUUGUAUCUUUAGCUAAGACAAGUCACCUCUGAAACAACAGGAGAUUCUAAUUUUAAAAUAAGGCCAUAAAAAUCCUUACUGAAUAAAGAGUAGCACCCCAGUUGGUUGUAUAAGCCUUACAGGAUAACGAUGUUGGCUUUAAAUAUGGAUGUCUCAAGGCCUAUUUUCUAUCAAUGAUUUGUUUGUUUCCAAGGUGAGGGAGGGAAAGAGGAGAGGGUUUAUCUGUUUUAGAAAGUCUCAGAAUACUUAUAAAAUAUAAAAGUCAUUAUUAAAAUAUAUAGGACCUCACAUAGGUAGAUCCAGAACUUACCAUUGAGGCUGAUGGGCUGUUGUGUGAAUCACACAGGACCUUAAACGAGGCUCCUUAUUCUCAGAUACUAAAAUGACUGACAGCCUGAAACAGUUAUUGGUAGAGCCCAAGCUUUCCUUAGAGGUUUUGGAGUUAGUUGUUUGGAAUUAACCAGCUAAUACAUUUUUUAGUGAAGAAAAUGUGUAUAAGAAAAAAACACAUUGUUACCAGUUUGUUCAUCCUUUGGAAGUCUUCGACUCUGCUCCAUUUUUAGCAGCAGGCAUUUCACAUUGCAUAAACCUUGGCAGAUAAGUCUGCCUGAAGCUUAUACAGUCUGCCGGCUUGGAUGUAUACAAAUUUAGAUACAUAUUUUAACAUGUAUUCUCAUAGACGUCUUUACAACAAUACACGUUACCUAUAGGUGUCUAGACUGUGUACAUGCAAGUGUGUGCAGACAUGCUUCAUACAUAUAAACUGUAAUCUGUUACAAUAAAUAGAUUUUAAAUCAUCAUUUAACAUGUAUGUGGUACUUUUACAAUGUACAUUGUUUUCAUUAUUUAUUGUAACAUUGAAAACCAAAGUGCAGGGAAAACAAAAGUAUCCCAGCAUCUUCAUCUUGUACACUUGGAAUUAAUUUCAUUUGGGCCCAUCCAAGAUAAACUUCACUUUUAAAAACCCUUUUAUAUUAUUUAAUCAUCAGUGUUAAGAUGACACCUAUGCUUGAUGACUUCGGUUAAAUAGCUUUAUUCUGGAUCUUUCAUAACUAUAGCUAAAUCCAAAGACCUGGAAAAGGGCAAAAAGGAAAAAAAAAGAAAAGAAAAAAUAGUAAAGUCAAGCGCAAACCAAUGGGGAGACAGUGGGCUCUGGUUUCCAGGGUUGAGACAGUGGACGGUGGUACUGCGGUCCUGGGGAGGCUGCAUUAGCUAGUUAGGAGUGGUGAUAUUUUUCAUGCUUAUCACAUCAAAGUGGUCUUUAACAUGAGAAAGCUUCAGAGGUUAUAAUUUCCUGCUCUAUUUUUAUUUAAACUAUCAAAAGAGGUUAUACAUGUUGUCAGUCAAAAAAUGAAGACACCCCCCACCCCGCCCCACAGAAUGUUUUUUAUCUUGACUCUUUGGGUUAUGACCCAGCAAUCUAAGUAUCAUUAAUGUAAUUAACUUAUUUAAAUUAGUUUCUAGUACAUAAAUGUAUAGGAUUUGGGUAAUUAUUUGACCGUCCUCUCUUAGUGUGAUUUUAGUCCUUGUGCUUAUUUAUCAAAACCUAGACCGAUGGUGCAUCAGAGAUGCAAAAUUCUGCUUGGAAUACUCUUGAAGUUUAGUUUGCUUUAUAAAGCAGUGAAAUUCUGUUACAGACAGGGAAGAAAUACAGGUUACACAAAGAGAAUUUGGGAUAUUCUUCCCUCUUAAAUUAGCUUUUAAAAUAAUCUAAGUAACAAUUAUUAAAUUAUUUAACUUAAGUUCGCAGCCCCACCUGGUACCAGGUGAACUUCACGUCUUAAUUAUUGUGGCCCUCAGAGCCUUCAUAUUGUAACUUAUUUAUUUAACUUAUUCAGCAUCUGUGAAAGGUGCACUAUAUAGUUUAUAUUUUUUAUUUAAAACAACAGAGAGCACUGCAGUUUGUUUGCUGUCAGAACAACAGAGCAAAUUUUGUGGACAAGCAAUGACUAUUCAACCUGAACCUGUGCAUUCAGAAAACGUAAGCCGAGACCCUGCUUCACCAGCCUGGAUUUCGGGGCUUCUAUACAGAAACUGGAAAAAUAAAUAAAUAAAUAAAAAUCGUUAAGCAAAAAGAGAGAAACCCUUACACUAGCUGCUUCCAAGAAUGAACUCUGUGUGUAUGUAAAGCAACAAAACAAAAAAGGAAAAAAAAAAAAAAGCAGAAAAAAGAAAAAAAAAAGGAAAAACUUUCUAUUUCUAGUGAGAACCAAAGAAGGCUACCUCACUGACUUUUUCCAUUUGUAAUUUUAAUCGUGUUGAUGACACCAAAGAUACCAAAGAUUUCUUUCUCUGUGCGGUCUGCAUUUUGCUUGUGCUCUUUUAUAAUUUGAAGGAUUUUCUCUGACAUAUGGUAUGUACAGCCACAGCUCAGAUACCCCAAAGAAAUAAUUAUCUAUAUGACGGCGGCUGCUAAUUUGGAAAGGGAUAUUUUCUGUGUUUUGUCUUAUUUGUUUGCUGUCCCCUCCGCAUGUUCAGGAUGUGAGUUCAGAUGCUGCUGUAAUUGGAUUCCUUAAAUUCUGAUUCCAAAUUGGGGAAGGAAACUGGUUGGAAAUGGCCUUCAGUCCUAGCCAUGGCCUCUGUCCCUGCUGGGAGCUAUCACAGUGAAGAUUGCCAGUUAUUGAAUCUCAGAAGCUCUGACCAUUGAGUCGUUGAGAUGGAAGAGACCCUAGGAAUCAUUUAGUCCAAGCCCCGGUGGCCUGGAGGAAUGAAAUAGUUAUCUGAAUCAAAUAACUCUUGAGAGUGAAAGCCAAACACGCCUCCCGGUUCCUGCCCCAGCACUCCACCUAUUGUGCAGUGCUGCCUAUGCAUGAGACGGGUCCCACAUGGACAAAUAGAACAGUGGCAAUCCUUUAGCAAUGAACAGGGACUGGAGUUUUUAUCUCUUAACAUUUUCAGCCUGUAACAAUAGUGACAAGCAUUUUCAGUGUCCCAUUAGUAUCUCAACAUAGUCACAUAUGAUCAGUGGCUUCAUGAAGGUGGCCUGCCUUGCAAUACAAAGACUUUUUGCCCUAGGAAAUACAUGUUGAUUCCAACAGUGUGAUCACUUUUGAAAUUCUCCAUUACAAAGCAUUGUAUAAAUAAGUUUUUAAUUCAGAGGGAGAAGAAAGUUCAUUCUUGGCUUGUUGGAUUUGAUUAUUAUGGGUAUUUUAAAGUCAGUAUUGGCCGGGCGCGGUGGCUCACGCCUGUAAUCCCAGCACUUUGGGAGGCCGAGGCGGGUGGAUCACGAGGUCAAGAGAUCGAGACCAUCCUGGUCAACAUGGUGAAACCCCGUCUCUACUAAAAAUACAAAAAAUUAGCUGGGCACGGUGGCGCGUGCCUGUAAUCCCAGCUACUUGGGAGGCUGAGGCAGGAGAAUUGCCUGAACCCAGGAGGCAGAGGUUGCGGUGAGCCGAGAUCGCGCCACUGCACUCCAGCCUGGGUAACAAGAGCAAAACUCCGUCUCAAAAAAAAAAAAAAAAAAAAGUCAGUAUUUAUCAAGAAAGGGAAUUUGAACACCACUGGCACAUGUGACAUUUAAGCUCUUCAGCCUUUUCCUUUUCGGUUAUAGGUGUUGACAUUUCAUUUGUAAGCAACUCUGUAUUUAUGAGAGAAGUUUAAGCCUUACAUCAUUUGAUAACAAAGGGUAGUUCAUGGUAAAUGAAAAAUAACCCCAAAAUUACAGAGGAAUUGAUAUGCCAGUUUAAGAAAUGGCUACUUAAAGUUGCUUCUCUCUUUCCUUCUUACUCAUGAAAUUAAUUGGUCUUCUUCAAGUUUCUUUAGAUUCCAUUAAAUGAUUAAAUCACUAUUAAGAUCCAUUCAUCAACAUGAUUUGUGUGUUAGCCAAUGAAUCUGUCUCUUAGCUUUUGACCAAAUGGGUUUUAGAGACAUGCAAAGAUCCACCUCUAGUCCAUAUAGCUCUUUUUGAGUGCUACUCUUUUGCAUUUCACAUAAUGUAGUUAUCUUUGAGCUUUUAAAGAGACCGUUUAGACAAAGAAGCAAAGAGAGGAAAAGACCAAUCAACUCAUCAGUUCCAUGCCUCAACAAAGCAUAGCUAGUAGGGGAAUAUAGAUGACAGAUUGACAAACUAUAGGAAACACUGUUACCCUCUUUCUGAAGUUUUCAAGUGCCACCUGAUGUGAAAGUUCCCUCCUGUCCAAACAAGCUCAAAGCCCCAUCUUCUCCCAAUACAAGGCAGAGCUGUAAGGCCUUCCUUCCAAAGAACACAUUGCUUUGGUUUUCUUCCCAAAUUCCUAUUGGAAAUAGAACUCUCAGAAUCCCUGGGAGACAGAGCAAAAAUGACUUGAUUCACUGAGCAGCAGAGUUCCCCUAUAAGCGAACAUCACCUUCCCCAAUCUUCCUACUGCCACACCUAUACGAGAGAGCAUCUAGGAAGAGCCAUGGCAGCCUGAACACAGAAAACAUCCCCACUUGGCAGACACCUCCUCAGCAAUCCCCCCAGCCUCAUGCUUCACUUGCAAAGUGUGACAUAACCACGGGACGAGUGCCUUGCUUGAACCAAAGCAACGAUUUAGCCAGUCUGGACCUCUCUGUGCUUUUUUUAAUUCUUCCUGUGAAUACCUCAGCUUCAACUGGGCCUCCAUACAGUCAGUUGGUGGGCUUAUUGUACUGUGGUGCUUUGCAAUGCAACCCUGCAAAGAACAAGAUUUGUACUAAUACCAAAGGUUCUUUCUCUAUGUCUCCUCCUCUGCCUCCCUCGUUCUUCCCUUUUUUCUAGUUCUUCACGGUUCCAAAGCUUUACUAUGAACCCGGGCACGUUGGCAAUGCAGACCGCGCAAUUCCUUACCGAAUUUUCUCAGAUAUACCUCAUAGACAAUAGUGUUUAGAGUAAUGUUAUUAUAGCGUAUGUAAUAAAUUAUUCACUGUUUCUUUUGGUAACUGUGAUUUAAAAAAAGAAAAAAGAAAAAAAAAGCUUUAUACGUUUUAGGUUGUGCUUUUGUAAUAGACGAAAAAGGUGCGCUUAAAAAGAAAUAUGUAUGUUUUUUUCCCCCCCUUUGGAUUUUGUUUAUGCUGGAUUGGGGAAAGUUGCAGAAUGAGCCCAAAGUUUACAGUUUCAUAUUUUGCUGAAGAAACAAUCUGUGUUCAUUUGCUCUGUUGAAAAGAAUAAUUAUUUUCUACAUUUGUGCUACUUGGUCUGAACAAUUAAUUGUUCUGUGUUAACAGUGUAGUAUUAUAAUUAGCAACUGCCAAUCAGUGCUAUAAUUUUAUGCAUGAGGCUAAAAAUUUAGCAGUGUGAUGCAUUGUGGUCUUAAUAGCAACAUUUUUCCUUUUGAGCUAGAUCUUCCCUUUGGUUCAGUGGACUUGAUUCAUGCAUGGGCGCCUAUCGUUUGUUAGCAGUUGUGGAACAGUUGUGUAUACAUUAAACUGUGAAAAUGUACACAGUUCAGCCCCAGACAGUGGUAAUAUUGGUUUUAUUGGGAGAUGUCUCACCUCGAAAAUACCCUUUACAUCUGUUGGGAUCUGAAAAUGAGUCACAUUGAAUUGGGUUCAGAUUUUAUAAUGAGAAAGGUUAUUCCAAAUUUUUGAGUUAACCAACUUGCAUUCCACAAAUUUGGAUCCUCAUAACCCAGAUAUAUCACCAUACCAGAGAGGGGUUUGAAAGCAAGUAUUGAAAAACUCACCUUUGCAUAUUUAAUUUCCACUAAAAGGAGUUAUUUUGGCUUUAUGCUCAUGAACUUAGACCUAACUGGCCCUGUAUAUGGAGGUGCAAAUAAUCCAGCUCUGGCCCUCCUUGAUCUCUACUUGGGAAUGGCUAUUUUUGACUGUGUGUGGUUUCUUCUAGUAUUUUGUCACCAGGUCAGUUCCCAGUAGAAUCUCAAAUGGCAUUCUUCUCUGGCUUUUUUGUCCACUCUCCUGGACAUUCCCACCAACUGUUCCAGUGAUUUGGACAAAAAUACGCAGCCAUUUCCCAAAACUUCACAUGUGCAACUACCAUGGCUCUCCCUCCCUAGACUCGGAGGUGACUCUAACUUAAUUUUCACCUACCCGACAAUGUUCCAUCUACCUUCUACAAGGGACUGUAAGAAGAAGUUUUGAAACCCACUUUAGGAAAACCAUCUUCCUUAAAUCCUCCAGUUAUCUGAGGCCUCUAUAUGUCAAAUGUAUUUUUCAGUUGCAGGGAACUGGGGAAAUGUGUUCUUUCUUAUACUUGGGUUUGGAGACCCAGUCCCAAGUUUCAUAUUUCCCAAACCAAAAUGCUUGACAUAAAGCCAAAUCAACUGCCAAGCACACUUUAUUUUGCAUAGGAGCAUGCAGCCUAGGAAACCCUGGUGGAAAAGCAGCAGUCUGCUAUGCAAAAUAUUGAAAAUCACUGACAGUACAGCAUUCAUAUAAUCUGUCAGUGAGGAUAUAUCGGGAACAUGCUGUCAUGAAUAAUACAAAGAAACAGAUUUUUAUUUGGCCUUAUGAAGUAGAUUGUGGUAAUGUAAGCUUUGAUAUGUAGUCUUUUUAUUUUUUACCUUAUUAAUCUGCCGAAGAUGGGAACAGAUACAAGAAUUUUUAAAAUCGGCUUCUGUAAGACAGUUGAUAAUUGUACUAGUGUUUAAUCUUCCAGAAAGCUUUAUGUGUUCUCCCACAAUAAAAUUGAUAUUUGUUUCAGCAAAGUUUUCCUGACACCCACAAACCCACAAACUGUUCCUCUUAAUGCAGAUAUUGUAGAAUCUACCAAGUUCAAAUGCAUUUUUGAUCCAAAGAAAACAGAGGGGUGUUUGAGACACGAGUGUGCCCAGUCCCCACCCCCAGCUUUUUUUUUUAUCACAGGCAAUGCAUGGGUCUGGCUCGUUACACUUUGCCAAUAAGACUUGUCUUAUGAAAUCCAAGGUAUAUUUUGUUAUGCCAUUUUAUGUCCUUUUUUUUUUAACAUUGUGGAAAGUGGUAUGUUGAAUCAAGUGUAAGCUGAGUUUUCCAGACAACUGAAGUAGAUACAUGGUGAAUGUUAUUUUGUUAUUAAAGGGUUUUUACUCAAUGCUUUGUGCCAGUGGAUGUCCUUUUCCUUAGAGACACAAAACUACGAAAUUACCUCAGCUUGGCCUGGUUUUCCUCUCUGCCCUCUUGGGGAAACAUGGGCCUGGCCUGGGAAAAGGCAGAUCAUGGGCUGGAAGGUAGGUUUUGGUACUGGAAGAGACCUCUAUGUCUGUCAGCUUUAAAGAGAAAUGGGCCAAAACUCUCUAACCUCUCUCUCUCUGGACGCCAACACUUCCCUGCAAUCCCCUGGUCUUGAGCAUGUGCCAUCACGAAGGCAGACUCCAAUUCAUACAUGAAAGGCAAGAAAAAGAAAAUAGUAACCUUGAAUCUUCUGGUGCUCACCAGGCACUCACCUUUCCCCACCUUGCACUCUACCCAGUCAAGGCUGUUGCAGCCCAUCUGGUGACUUCACCUGGGACAUUACUGAAGGCUUCUUCCUUCAUCCUGGGGUUGCAAAGGGUCCAGGUCCUCUCAUUCAGUGGGGCUCCUCCAGAUCAGAAGUCUCCUUCCCACCAGCCCGUGCAUCUUGUUUAGCUAUCCCAUCUAUACCUUUUGGAGAUGCUUAUUUAGAAAACAAAGCAAGGUAUGGAAUGGGGUUUUCUAUUGUUUUGUUUCUAGGUUAUAUUUUAGUUAUUCUCAAUUCUCUGAUCUGAAAAAUACAAGAGAGAAAAGGAAACCCCACUAUCUCCCUGUGCCUUGCUCCCAUCUCAGGGGGCAGGGGCAGUGCACAUUGCCUGUGCUGUUGUUCUGUCUUCGGGGACUGGCUGAACCACAGCUAUUGCCCCAGCCAAAAACAUGGCUCAUCCAUGCCUACUUUAUCUCUGCUUGAAAGUCCUAUUCAAAAAGUUGUAGAGUUUGUGGUUUUUUUCCCCCCUAUAUCCUUUGCUUUGGUCCAAUUUGGCCUUUAGCUUAAGAGUCAGCUUACUCUCUAGGACAGUUUUUUCAAAUUAUGAUAAGGAUCCUGCCAUCGGGAAGAAAAGAAUCCAAAGACUAUCUGGCAAUUGGAUGGGUAGUCAUAUCACUAACAGAUACUUCCUUGAAGGUAGGAUAUUAUUUCCUUUCUUUACUACACUUUUUUGUGUUACACAAGUCCAAGUGGUGCCAGCAGACUUCUUACCAUGAAAGUUUGGAAAACACCUUGCAUACUGAAAUUUCUGAAAUAAAAACACAAGCGUCACAUUGAUAACUUGAUAAAUAACCACUGAAGUUUAGAUGCAGGGACUGAGAUGAUGCAGGCAAAUUCUUGGUGUUGGUUUCUCUUCUAAUUCAUAUCUCCAGUCACCUAAUCUUCCCUCAAUCCAAGAGCAGUUCAAUCUUUUCUCCCCAGGUCUAGGAUGCCAAAGAGCUUUAUGAAAAAAGAUAAUUAGGGAUUGACCAGCAUUUCAAUUAGUUUUCUUCUUCAUCCUUUGCAUUUCUUAGAAAGUGUUAUCCUGAACCAGAAAGAGCCUGUCCAUUUUUUUUCAUUCUUUCUAUUCAAACAUUUCCACCAAGAUACUACUUUAUUAACACAGGUACUGUAGAUCUUUCCUUGGUCAGUGAAUUAUUACAAGAGAAACUAUCCUUCUACCAAAGUGAGUGAAAACAAGUUUCAGUGUCUUUUCUUCCAUCGAGUUUUGUUCUCAGAAUCCAAGUCAGUCCUGGCUCUUUUCUCACUUUAGGCACUGGCCUCAGAUGUGUUUACUUUUGCUAUUUAAAAUACCUUUAAGUUUUACCUGCUGGCCUGCAGGAUUUGCAUCCUCUCUUUUAUACUGUUGACUGCUUGAUGGUAUUGAAAGGUGACUUUAAUGAGGGAAGAAAGGAGGAGGUAAAGAGAGAAGAAUUUGUCCCAGGUCUGUUUAAAGUUUUAAAGUUUAAAAUGGGACCCAUUAAUUAACUUAUGGGAAAAUGGCUAUAGAGUGUGAGCCUCCUUUGACCGUAUGCUCAAAGACCGUACUCUGCCACCUGCCUUCUAGGAAGCUAUUCUAGAAACUCGGACCUUUAGUAGAAACCCAACUACCUUUUACAGGUCUCUUUCCAGAUUCCAAAAGGACAAGAGAUCAGAGUCACAUGUACGCCUCUUAUUUCAUCUUCCUGCUUUCACAGAAAAUCAUAGGAGAAAACUUUAAACUAUUCUUUUCAGUUGAUCCCCUUGACAUCACCUCUCAUGUUUAAAAUUAGGAAAACACACCCCUAAAAUUUGCACACCCUUCUGUUUUGAAAAAGAAAACCCACACACAAAUCCACUCUCUUACUGUCUUUUCACCCUGAGCUUUAUUUCCAAAGCAUAUUCCAGAUUUUGCCCCAUCUCAAACAUGUUAAGUCAGACUGUGCUGAAAGACUCUCCAGGGACAGUCAACAGGGUAUGUGUUCGGUGGCUGCCCUGAAAUCCUGGUGCGGAUGAGGAUCACACUUCAUCAUCAAGGGGAUGCCCACCCCCGAUAAGCUCCCAGUCCUUUUGCAAGAUUUCUUUGAAUGUUAAUUGCAUUUUCAAUUUCGCUCAUUUCCUACCCCAAUGUUUUGUCUGUGACAUCGCUUACACUGGAUUCUUUCUAUUUUUAUUCCUAUCAUUAAAUGGUAGUGCUGUAAAUUCUGCAAUUAAUGUUAAAUAAACUGCUUUAAUUCAUUGA